AUGUGGGCAUCUGAACUUGGAAUGUAUGAACUAUCCCUUUACCACCCAUCGUGCGACGUCUACGCUUACCGGCCACCAUCCCGCAAUGGCCGGCUCGGAAAGCGAACAUCGAUGUCGGAACAGCCGAAACUGACGCCAGAACCAGGCCGAUAUGCGCCGAAUUGCUGCACCAAUAACUUCAAGGACUCCGACGAGUUCCACUCGAUGACCUCUCAGAUCACGACUCUGCAAGACCAGGUCAAUAAUCUGUUCACUAAUCUCAACGAGCUCCGGGCUCGGCCCGCCUUUGAGUCUCCAUCGUUUGAUCAUCUCUCUCGCGAUGGCUCCCAGUCGGUCUUCACCCCGAUGCCCGCGACCAUGCCGAAGACACGAUCCCGUCACCCACGAUUUCAGGGCCCCACCAGCUCGGCAUUCAACUUCGAUGUUGCCAAGUCUAGCUUGCAGAGUAUGGGUAUCACCCAGGGAGAAGACGGGAUUCCCGAUGACUUGACAACGGCGCAUGUCACGCCGGCGGGAUCUCCGCCUCCUCACAUGGGCUCACUUGUGCCGGCGAUCCAUCCGACUAAGGAUCCAAUCUGGACUAUCCGUCGAGAAGAAGCUGUGCGUCUAUGCAAGGUGUACGAAGAAGAGAUUGGGAUUAUGUAUCCCGUGGUGGAUAUUACCACUGUGACUAAUCAGGCUAAUUUGUUGUACACUUUCAUGGAAGCUGCCACGCGGACUGGAUUUGCUCAGAGAGGACUCCCAGGCGCUGACAGUCUUCAGGAUGAUAGUACUAUUUUAUUAAAGUUGAUUCUGGCUACUACGCUGGUCGUGGAAGCGGGUGGUCAAAGUGAGCUCGGCCAGAGACUUUUUCUGAGUAUUAAGCCGGUGAUCGAGUCGAAGUUGUGGGAGCCGCAUGAUAUCAGAAAUAUCCAGCUCUUUGCGAUUGUGGCCACUUAUCAUUUCCAUACUGAUGACGAUGCUAUGGCCUAUCGGUUGAUCGGAUUGGCUGCACGCAUGUGUCUCGAGAUGGGUCUGCACCGUAAGGAUGCUUUGAUGAAGUCUUUCCCUCUUGAGACCCAGUGGAACGAGAUCACUCGAAUCUUCUGGACUGUAUACAGCCUGGAUAGGCGAUGGAGUCUAGGCACGGGCUUGCCCUUUGUAAUUCAAGACGAAGAUAUCGAUCCUAAUCUACCCGAACCGGAUUCGUCUUUGCUUUAUCUCCGUUGCAUGAUUUCUUACAACCGAAUCAGUUCUAAGAUCUGGUAUUCUGGCCUUGGCUCAGAAGGCACCACCGAUAUACGACGCGACGAGAUUGGAUAUUUGGAUUACCAAGUUCUGCAAUGGUACAAACAGGUACCAGACGAACUCAAAUUCUAUCCCGUGGAGUCGCCCAAGAACGGCGAGCCUGCAAGUCGGGGAAUGCGGCGUCUCCGCAUCCUGUUAUAUCUACGCAUGAACCAGCUACGCAUCCUCAUCUAUCGCCCUGUCCUCCACUCAGCCGCAAGUAUCGUUGAGGACCGUGGCCAUGCACAGACCGUGGUUGAUGUUGCCAAGGACACUGUCCGGGUACUCACCCGCCUCAACCAAAUGUCUGAUAUCUACCGCACUCAGCAGAUCACGUUCAACUAUUUCCUUGUCGCUGCUCUGGCCGUCCUCUUCCUUGCAGUGUGCCAUGCCCCGGCCGAAUUCAACCGACAAGUGCGCGACGAGUUCUACAUGGCGCUCGAUCUAAUCAAUGGCUUCAGCACCAAGUCAUAUGUAUCGAAGCGAUUGUGGAAGACUAUUAAGGGGCUCCGCGAGAUCGGCGAGAAAUUGGGCGUUCUAGCCCGACCCUUUGGAAACAACUCGAAUGACCCUCACUCAAGUGCAGCCGUUGCCAUGGCUGGUCUUGCAGGGCACUCAAUUGACGACUUAUCUGCUUACGGCCCGAUGAAUGGAGUAAAUGAACUUGGCAAUAGUCCCUUAAAUGGACUACAGAUGAGCCACGAGCUCACGAAUUUGUUUGAGGCGGUCGGGUCAUUUGGAAGCUUUAUGCCCCCGACGAGUGGUGCUGAUGGCAUGAAUGGGUUUGUUGGUGACGAUGGCGAGAUCCAGAAUACUGGAGAGGGACUCUCUGGUAUCCUGGGCGGCGAGGAGGAAUUUUCUCGCAUCAUCCGUGGCUUGUUUUGA